AUGAGGAUUCAUUACCUGCUCUUUUUCUUCUUCUUCUUGUUCCUUGUGCCUGCUCCAGGUGAAGGUUGGUUGCUGGAACGAAUAAACAACAUGUACUGUAAAGUGAGACGGGGCAAAUGCAGACUGAUUAGAUGUACCAGCAAAGAAGAAUAUAUUGGGUCCUGUUCAUUGGGCCGCCGAAAAUGCUGCCGCAAGAAGAAAUGA